AUGCUUGGCUGGAUUAAGCGCCUAAUUAGGAUGGUUUUUCAACAGGUUGGAGUAAACAUGCAAUCGGUACUUUGGUCUGGGAAGCCAUAUGGUUCAUCUCGAAGUAUUGUACGGAAAAUUGGUACUAAUUUAUCUCUGAUCCAGUGUCCCAGAGUUCAGUUUCAGCUUACCAGCCCUACAACAGAACUGAGCCCCAGCCACCCAGGAGAGGAUGCAGUGGCAUCUUUUGCUGAUGUUGGAUGGAUAGCGGAAGAAGAUGGAGAGUGCUCAACAAGACGAAGGACAGAGGCCAGGUCAAGGCAGCCCCUUCAGGAUGACAUUCCUUUCUUUGAGAAACCCCCAAGCCGGCAGCUUUCCUUACCAAACCUGUCUCCGGAAGAGCCUCCGCUGAAGACGCCCCUGGCGAAUGAGGAGGCGCUGCAGAAGAUCUGUGCUCUUGAAAAUGAACUCGCUGCUCUCCGCGCUCAGAUUGCCAAAAUUGUGACCCUGCAAGAACAGCAGACUCUUACCGCAGAUUCUAGCACAUCUGUUACCACAGCACCACCUUCUGUCCCACCACCUCCCCCGCCGCCACCCCUCCCUCCACCGGCGCCCCAGCAGAACACAUCUGCUGUGGACCUGAUCAGAGCCCGGAGAGAGAGAAAAGCCAGUGCUGGGAAGACGCUGGAUAAGCACAGCCCAAAGCAACCUGCUGUGCCCAACAUGCUGGAGAUCCUCAAAGACAUGAACAGUGUGAAGCUUCGGUCAGUAAAAAGGUCAGAACUAGAUACAAAGCCCAAACCUGUGGAUGCUACUGACCCUGCUGCCCUCAUAGCAGAGGCUCUGAAAAAGAAAUUUGCUUACCGGUACCGAAGUGAUAGCCAAGAUGAGGCUGAGAAAGGAGUUCCAAAGUCUGCGUCAGAGGCCACUUCAGAAACAGUGUUGUUUGGGCCACACAUGUUGAAGUCUACAGGAAAAAUGAAGGCUUUAAUUGAAAAUGUUUCAAAUUCCUGA